AAAAGAAGAGGUAAGAAGAUAUUAAUUACGAACAGUCAAACUAUAAAAAAAUAUGAUCUACUUGAAAACUUCUGGUUGCAUCAGAGGUGUUAUCAUCUUCUUCACCAUCCCAAAGCGAUAAUCAUCAUCACUGAUGCAAAGUCUAUGUUUUCCGCCUCUGCACUUCCCGGCCACCGCACUCCGUCGCCGUAUAAUUCCAACGUCCGUUGCUCGUUCAGCAAAAGCAGAGCUCAGAGAAGAUAACGACCCUUUAAUCCAAUCAGCUAUCAAUUCAGCAUCUCUUCGCCUACGAGAAACCAAUCGAACAGAGCCUCUAUUCAUAGACCCUUAUGCCGCUUGCUUCUUACCUAAUCAUACAAACAAGGAACCGAACAUCCAUGAACUACAACAUUACUGUCUUGCAACGAAGUUCAUCGAUGACAAGUUGUUACAAACAGCUAAACGCAUUGAUGGACUAAAGCAGGUUGUCUUGUUCACUGAUGGAAUGGAUACUCGUCCUUAUAGGCUUAAUUGGCCAGCUUCCACUAUGAUCUUUGAUGUAUCUCCACAAAAGGUUUUUGAUAUAGCAUCUGACAAGCUUCAAGGUGUGGGAGCUAGGCUUCCUAAAGGUUGCAUGUUCUUUCACAUUCCUGUGGAGUCAGGAGACAUAGAGCAAUGUUUACGGUCCAAAGGGUUUAGCGGGAACCGGCCAAGUAUAUGGGCAAUGCAGGGCUUACCUCUUGAGUCACAAUCGAGUUUUGAAGCGAUUCUAUCAGCAGUUAGUAGCUUAGCCAUUAAUGAAAGCUAUCUCAUAGGAGAAUUGCCUACAGAUAUCACACACCAGUCGGAUUUGAAGAAGUGGAUGGAGAAACUGUUCAUGAGCAGCGGUUUACAGGUGAAGAUAGUUAGCUAUGAAGAGAUUGCUGCGAGUUUAGGCGUUGUAUUACAUUCACAAGUGAACCAUGACAAGAUUCUGUUUAUAGCACAACAGCUCAGGUUUUCAGAUGAUCAGAUGGAAAAAUGGAGACAAGAGUUUGAGAGAGUGGAAGAAGAUGGAGAUGAACAAGGAUUUGAAGAGCUCUGAAACAAACAAUAAUGUCUACAUUGUCCGCAGUUCUUGAAGAAACUUCACAGCAUUGUAAUUUCUACUCAUCUGUUCAUAGAAUCAACACCAUUGACAACUCUUUCAGUCUGUCUACAGCAUGUGUCAUCAAACCCAUCAAGUUUACAAUUCAAUUCAAGAAAGACAAAGGAAACUGUUUCAUCUUUUGAGAAUUGCUCAUAUACAAGGAAAAUUUUCUUUUGGUGCAAGCUUUGUCUAUCA